UGAGGGUGAUAUAACUGGUAGGCUACAAAAAGCAAAAAAAAAAGUAACGAAACGAAAAGAAAAGAAAAAAAGAAGCUAUUACUGGUACGGAGAUGGAGAGCGUGGAGGUGAUUGGCCAUGAGCAGCGGCCGGGGGAGACUCUCAUGGGAUCAAGGGAGGACCAGGUGAAGGAGGAUGCUGGAUAUGGCAAUUAUAGUUCUUCAGGUGCACCUGGUCUCGUUAGCAGUCCAAGUGAGUCCGGCAGGACUGGCACUGCUGCAGAGGCUGCCAUGUCCCGAAAACCAUCCCUUAAAGUCUCAGUUCAAUCAGGUCGCGAUCAUCAGCGCCAUCAUCCUUACGACGAGUACAAGAGUCACAAACAGGGUCUUGGUAAAAUUCAUGAUAUCAUUGAGGACGUCAACGAAAAGGAGCAUAAGGAAGGAACCUACUCACCAACCGAACAACUGUUUCUCAGCCCCCAUACUCCCAUGAUUCAAGAGGUCGUGAAGGAGGUUGUGAAAGAGCAUCCAGGUCCUGCUGAUCGUACGAGUAGUGAGGGAGGCGGUGAUGGUGGUGGUGGAGGUGGAGGUGAUACCUAUAUUGCCUCGUAUGUGGUAGAGGCUCCUUAUAGCAGUCCAGGACCUGCAUUAUCUCCCUUCGAUUCUCCCACGUUUGAAGAUGACGACGUUAAGGUGGUUGUGAAGGAGAUUGCUGACGAAUGUAGACAGGAGGAAGAGGCCUAUCACAGAAAAAGUGAGCAAAUCGCAUCAGCAGCCACUGACUCGGAGGUGCCAUCAUACGGUGAAGUGCUGGAGGUGGAAAAGGAAGAAGCUGCAGAAACGGAAGAAGCUGCUGACGUCGACGAAGAAGGUUUUCUAAAGCGGUUUACAAGCUUUGCCAAAGAGAUGCUGCAUCCGCUACCAAAGCUUUUGUCGGAAGGUGAUAAAAGAGGGAGGAGGACGGAAUUGCAAGGGACGUUAUUAGAGAGGAUAGGAGCUCUGGAAGACUUG